CCGGAAGUGACGCACCGUUGACGAGACGCGGUUUGCUGACGCGAGGAAAAUGGCUGCUGCCAGGUUCGGCGUGUUUUGCAGGAGUGUGUCCGCCGCCGUGAAGACUGCCAGGUCGUUCCUAAGCCCCCAGGGCCCUGCUGGCACCGGGUUUUCCCUUAUUCUGUUGCCUAAGAAUAUACCAAGUGUCACAUCUUUACACCAGUGUAGAAUAAUUCAUACCACGUUAUCAAGGAAAGGACUGGAAGAAUUUUUUGAUGACCCAAAGAAUUGGGGAGAAGAAAAAGUGAAAUCUGGAGCUGCAUGGACCUGUCAGCAGUUAAGGAACAAAAGUAAUGAAGAUUUACAUAAACUUUGGUAUGUCCUACUGAAAGAGAGGAACAUGCUCCUCACUCUGGAGCAGGAGGCCAAGCGGCAGAUACUACCAAUGCCAAGCCCGGAGCGGCUAGAAAAGGUAAUAGAAUCCAUGGAUGCACUAGAUAAAGUUGUCCAGGAACGAGAAGAUGCCCUAAGGCUCCUUCAGACUGGUCAAGAAAAACCUAGACCUGGUGCCUGGAGAAAAGACAUCUUUGGAAGAAUCAUCUGGCACAAGUUCAAGCAGUGGGCUAUACCUUGGCACCUAAAUAAAAGGUACAACAGGAAACGGUUCUUUGCAAUGCCCUAUGUGGAUCAGUUUGACAGACUGAGACUGGAGAAGCACGCCCGGAUCCAAAUAAGGAAGAGAAAUUUAGAGAAAAAGAAAGCAAAACUUCUUCAGGAAAAGUUUCCACAUCUUUCUGAAGCCCAGAAGUCAAGUCUUGCCUAAGAUGUCUGAACUCAUAAUUUUACCAUUCUGUUUUUCUUACAUAAAAAGUCUAAUAGAAAAGGAACUGUAUGUCAGGUGGUUUAUAAAGAAACCGUUUUUAGUGAAAUGA